AUGCAUUUCAAGUUCUUCAUCGUCUCCCUCCUGGCCGCUUUGGCGUCUGCCAAAGUCACUUGUUCAAAUGACAACGCACCGUCGGAGACAAUGGCCAAGUUAUCCCUCCUCGCCUUCAUCACCCCAGUGAUGGCCGUCAACUGGGUCACCCUCUCGGCCAAGGGAGACGGGGCCUUUGACCAGUUCAACGCCUGGGCCAAGCGGACGUUCCAAAACGACCAAAAGGGUCAGGUGUACAGCUCCUCUGACAUUUACGGCGACCUGUCUCUCAACUGCUACAACGUACCGCAGAGCUGGUGCGACUCUUACAAUGGGGGGAAGAACUACCACCCUAGUGGAGUAUCGUUCACCAGCUCGAAGGCUGGAAAGUGCUACCAGCAGUCAUAG